AGGAAGUAACUUGUCAUUUCAGAGAAAACAAAACUGAUCUCUCUCUCUCUCUCUCUCGUUGCGAUUUCAGGAAAAUGGCCGAGGCCAGUAUUUCAGUAGCUCAAGACCAGUUCAUGUGUCCAGUGUGUCUGGAUCUCCUGAAGGAUCCGGUGGCUAUCCCCUGUGGUCACAGUUUCUGUAAGGUGUGUAUUAAUGGCUGCUGGGAUCAGGAGGAACAGAAGGGCGUCUACAGCUGUCCUCAGUGCAGAGACACUUUCACGACAAGGCCUGUUCUACGCAGAAACAACAUGCUGGAUGAAGUGGUGGAGAAACUGAAGAAGACUGAAGUCCAAGCUGCUUCUCCUGCUCACUGUUACGCUGGACCUGGAGAUGUGGAGUGUGAUUUCUGCACCAGGAGAAAACACAAAGCCGUCAAGUCCUGUCCGAUUUGUUUGACUUCAUUUUGUGAAAUUCAUCUGAAACCUCAUCUUGAAGUUCCUGCUUUGAAAAAACACACAUUAAUUGAAGCCUCAGCAAAACUCCAAGAGAAGAUCUGCUCUGAACAUAACAAGCUGAUUGAGAUCUACUGUCGUACUGAUCAAGCCUGGAUCUGUUAUCUGUGCAUGUUGGAGAAACAUAAAGACCAUGACGCUGUUUCAGUUGCAACAGAAAGAGCUGAAAAACAGAGUGAGUUAAAGGAGGAGCAGAUGAAAUCCCAGCAAAGAAUUCAGGAGAAGCAGAAGAAGGUGCAGGAGCUGAAACAGGCUGUGAACACUAUAAAGUUUUAG